AGUAUAGGGUUGUCAGUUUUCACAUUAACAUCUUGCUGGUGACAGUGGUGUGUUGUUGUUAACAGUUGAAUCAAACACAGAUCACAAUGACAGUAAAAUAAUCUGACUUUGUCGAUUUAUCAGUAUGGACGUCGACGAAUAUCAGUUCGGCCCAGAGUGGGGCGAUGAUCAGAAGAUGUCUGUUUUAUUUGCACCAUUCAGGGAGAAGUCCUUGAACCCGCAGUCAUGGGAUAAAAAAAUUAAAUUUUGGACUCAGUUAAUCUUAAAAGACUUCAAGAAAAAUAAUGAAUUUAUUUUAGAUGUAAAUUCACUUGUCUUAAGAUUUGUAAGGAAAGGGAAAAAACCUGCUUGUCUUGAGACAGUUAUUCAAGAAAUGUUGAGAAUGAAAAAGUUGCAAACAUUGCAAGACUUUCACCAAUCUUGUCACAGUGGAUGGGUUUCAUGGGGUAUGACAACUUUUGUGAAACGACCUUUGAACUGGAGUUUGGGGUUUGUGUUGAAGAGUAAUGAAGAAGUAUCUGGACAGUUGAUAAUUGUAGAACAUCUACAGGACAUGUCUGCUCGUCUUCUUGAAGAUCAUUAUGACUGUGUGAACCACGAGUCGACGGAUAACAUUGUGGAGAUGACUGUUUUGCAAGAUCAACACAGGAGUCUGUGUAAAACAGAUUCUGAUUUGAAUCUGAUACUUACACAGUUGGAGAAGAAUAAGAAGAUUGUCCGAAUGAAGAUCGGUGAAAAUGAUGUGAUUAUAAAGUUUUGCAAGAAAAAUGAACAAGAAGUAAAACCCAUCCAGGAGUUGGAACUUAAUGUAUUUAGAAUACAAAAAGUGAAAAGGAACCUGGAAAAGCAAAUCGAGGCCUUGUCACCACAAAUUGACAGACAUACACAAGAUGCUCAGCUUCAUGUGAGGAAUGGAAAGAAACACAUGGCUCUGCAUUCACUGCGGAAACGACAAACUGUUCAAAAACUUAUGGACAAGAAAUCAUCUACUGUGGAUAUGCUACAGAUGAUAAUACACAGAAUUGAGGAUGCAGCUACAAAUGAAAUGGUGUUGAAGGCGUAUGAAUCGGGUAUGAAUGCAAUCAAAGACUUGACUAAGAAAACACCCAUAGAUAAAGUUGAAAACGUGAUUGAUGACCUGCAAGAUGUGCUUGAAGACCAGUCCGAAGUCAACGAUAUCCUGUCUAAAGGGGCGGAGUCAGCUGAUGCAGAUGUCACAAAGGAUGAGCUGGAGGCGGAGCUAGAGGAAUUACUAGAAGAAGAUAAGCAACAGAUGGAUCAAGAUGUAGACAGUCUUUCAGAUCUACUUGGUGGAGUCACCAUGAACCAACAUGAUCUUCAACUGCCAGAUGUGCCCACAUUUUCUCCGUCUGCAUCUACCAGUAAAGUUUCAUCAAAGUCAUCCAAUGUAGCUGGCUUCAGUUGAGAGAGCCAUCACAGUUUUUACAGUUUCAGACUUUAAUGAAAUUAUAUUGUUUUAUUUGAUGGCAAAAAAAACCCUAACACCUGCCAGCCACUUUAAAGCCAAUUGCUAAACCACUAUUCCACUGGAUCCGGCACUAGCAGCAAACAGAAUAAGCACUUUUUACCAACACCAUUAUAUAAUUACUAUAUAAUUAUGGUAAAGUUUUGCCAAAUUAUCUAUUAAACUUUAAAAAGUUACAGAAACUCAGCUAUUUUGCAACAAUAUAUCAAUCAUCAUAUGAAAUUAUUUUGCCAAAUUAAAAUAAUAUCUGGCAAUUGUCUUUAAAGUUUGCAUAUGGCAAAUGGCAGGGCUAGCCAUGCAGUCAAACAUGGUUAUCUUGAUGUUAAAGUGGCUUAAUCAACAAGGGACGGGACGUUGCCCAGUGGUAAAGCACUUGUUUGAUGCGUGGUCAGUCUGUGAUCGAUCCCUGUCAGUGGGCCAAUUGGGCUAUCUCUCUUUCCAGCCAGAGCACCACGACUGGUAUAUC